UUAACAAGUAUGAAUAGAGGAAUUUUGUAUAUCUUUUAGUGAUUGCCUGAAGUUUGCCUGUCACAAGUAAAUCAGACAAGAUGCGGUUUUUGAGAAGUGAAAAAAUGAAUUUGUGCAACAUUUUAAUAGACCCUUCGGCUGCAUUCGAUAGUGUCGCAAACCUAGGCGAAGUUGGUAUUGUGCAGUUUCAGGAUUUAAACGAAGAUCAGAAUCCUCACCUCAGAAAAUUCGCUGCCCAAAUUAAAGCAAUAGAUGCUCUUGAACAGAAGUUAGAAAUACUAACUAAAAUUUUAACAAAUAACAAUAUUAAAAUUCCCAAAUGUAAAAAAGCGGUUGAGGCUCCAUCCGAGAGAGAAAUUUUAGACCUUGCCAGCAGUAACAUUGAGGAUAUGGACAUCCUUCGUAAAGUAACAGAUAGUAUUUCUGAGGUAGCAUCAGAUGUCGAAAAAAUUAAGGAAAAUCUAGGAUUAAAUCAAGAUUGCAGAAGUAUUCUUCAACUCACUCUGAAAUUAAUGAGUUCAGGUUUGAAUAAGACGAAUAUUACUUCAUCAACAGAUGAGAGUGGUAGACAAGAGGCUUUUAAAGGAGAAAAUAUAAUAACAAUAAUUGGAGGCAUUAUUUCAACUUCUCGUGCCUAUACUUUUGAAACUGUCAUUUCAAGAAUAUGCCGAGGAAAUUUCAUACUUCAUACAGCUCCUAACUACCCUUCUAAAGAGCGUAAUACUGAACCGAGGACUGAAUUUAUUAUAUUUUGCCAUGGAACUGGGAUUCCAAACAAAAUCGAAAGCCUGAGCAAGUCUUACAAAGCAAUUACUCUGAGAAUCCCGAAUGAAAGGUCAAAAUGUAUUGAACUUAUAAAAGACUGUGAAAACCAAAUACGUGACAUCCAACAGACAUUGGUUAGUGUAUUGGACCAGCAAGAUCAAGAAUUGAAAGCAGUAGCAAAGCAGCAUGAUUGCUGGAAUAAAAAACUCAAAAAAGCAAAAGCUAUAUAUAAUACACUCAACAGUAUGGACACAGACACUAAUAAAAGUAUAUACAUAGCUCAAUGUUGGGUACCAGAGAAAAAAGUUAAUAAAUUAAAGGAAGUGCUUUCAAAAAGUGAAUCAAAGGGUGAUAUGAAAACUAUCGUCCAAAUACAAGCAACUGAUGAUAUUCCUCCAACAUAUUUUGAACAGAACAAAUUUACACAAGCGUUUCAAAAUAUAAUAGAUGCUUAUGGAGUGCCUAGUUACCAGGAAAUAAAUCCAAUGCCAUUUGCUGUCAUAACCUUUCCUUUUCUUUUUGGAGUCAUGUUUGGUGAUAUUGGACAUGGGUUCCUCAUGUUUUCUGCUGCUUUGGCAGCUGUGUGUUUUGAAAAGCCUUUAAUAGAGAAAAAAAUUGAUAAUGAGAUAUGGACCAUGCUGUUUGGUGGUCGCUACAUCAUUUUGCUAAUGGGUGCCUUUUCGAUGUAUGCUGGCUUUAUGUAUAAUGACUGUUUUGGAAAUUCCCUUAAUUUUGAAUCUAGUUGGUCAGUCAAUUACAAUCUUUCCACUGUACAUAACAAUCCGUCGUUGGAAUUGAAUCCAACGGAAGAUUACAAAGGGACACCUUAUCCUUUUGGUCUCGAUCCGACAUGGGUGCUAGCUGUAAAUAAGAUUGAUUUUCAAAACAGUUUUAAAAUGAAAGCAGCUAUCAUAUUUGGUAUAAUUCAAAUGGAAUUUGGUCUUUUUUUAAGUUUACUUAAUGAUCUGUAUUUCAAGGAGUACUUGAACGUAUAUAGUGAGUUUUUACCAAGACUUAUUUUCUUUACAAAUUUGUUCGGCUAUCUUGUAUUCUUAGUGUUUUACAAAUGGUUAAACUAUGGCCCAGGAAAUGGAAAUUUGUACAGCAGUGCUUGCGCUCCUUCAGUCCUCAUCACUUUCAUAAAUAUGAUGCUGUUUAAAAAGUACGAGACUCUGCCAAAUUGUGCACAGCAAUUUUAUCCAGGCCAGGCUAUUGCACAACCACUACUGGUUUAUGCUGCUAUACUCUGUCUGCCUUGGAUGCUAUUGUUGAAACCGACUAUUUUAUUAGUGAGGCUCUCCAAGGCAAAAAAAGGGCCUAAACCAGCGAAAGGACAUUCGGAUGAAGGAGUGAUGGACAUUAUUGUUACAGCAAGCAUCCACACAAUUGAAUUUGCAUUGGGGUGCGUAAGCUACACAGCUUCAUAUCUCAGAUUAUGGGCAUUGUCUCUAGCACAUUCUCAAUUAUCUGAAGUACUUUGGAAAAUGAUAUUAAUAAAUUCCUACAUGCUUGUCCCAGAUAUUGUAGGUUUAAAUUACUUUUUGGUGUACAUAAUGUUUUUGGUUUGGUCUUUUCUUACCGUUGGUAUACUUGUACUGAUGGAAGGGUUGUCAGCAUUUUUACACGCACUUCGGUUGCAUUGGAUGGAAUUUCAAAGCAAAUACUAUGCUGGUACAGGCUACCUUUUCAUUCCCUUUGCCUUUAAAGGAAUAAUUGAUGAUUAAUAAGCAUGUUUUUAUUGUAUUUAAA